AAAAGCAAUCAUGUUCUCCAACUAAUCUCGGUUUUCGAUCAUUAUCUUCUUCUCCAGGAAUUCCAUACACUGUUGAUGGACCACAGUUUCUUGCGCCACCAGUCCCACUCUAUCCACUUCUUACCAUCCGCGGUGAAAGCUUGCUUUGCCCCCUCAAUUUCACUGCCCAAUCUCAUCAGGCAUUUUCGAUACGGGAAGAGUUUGGUGGUUCGGGCUGGGCGGAGCCCGUGUGAGCCCAGUCGGAGCACUAACGGUAGCCUGAACUCGCCGCUUGAGUUGAGUUCGGAAGUCGGGAAGUCUCUAGCUGGAGUGUUGCAGAACCAGCGUCAGUUGUUUCGUGCUGCGGUUAAGGAGGAGUUGAAGCUGUUGGCGGAUGAUCGUUAUGAAGCUUCAGCAAGGAUGUUUCUUAGUCUUGAUUCCGAUGAAGAGUCCCUCCACAGAAGAAUUGCAGAAAUGAAAGAGAACGAGUGCCAAAUUGCGGUUGAAGAUGUUAUGUAUCUUUUGAUUUUUCACAAGUUCUCUGAGAUCAAGGUUCCAUUGGUUCCAAAGCUAUCCAGGUGCAUCUAUAAUGGCAGAUUAGAGAUAUUGCCUUCCAAGGAUUGGGAGCUGGAGUCAAUUCAUAGCGUUGAAGUUUUGGAUAUGGUAAGGGAACAUGUAAGCAUUCUCAUUGGCUUGAAAGAAAAUUCCAGUGUCUCAGACAAUUGGGCAAUUACUCGGAUUCGACAGAGCUAUCUUGGCCAUUUGUAUACAGCAUCUAUCCUAUAUGGUUACUUCCUGAAGUCUGCCUCCAUGAAGUAUCACCUGGAAAGGUGUCUAGCCAUGGGCCACCAAGAUCAUCUUGUUUCCCAUAGGGGGUCCUCCAAUUUCUCAAAGACGUGGCUUUAUGGAUGGAAGAAUUCUCUCUUUGAUUGUAGUAGCAGCAACAAACAAUUUAUCCCGGUGGGUCAGGAGUCCCGUAGGCAGGAAUUUGAACAGGAUGAUUUGAGGUGCUACUUAACGGGGUUUGAUGCAGAGACAUUGGAAAGAUGUUCAAAUCCGAAAUCCAAGGAGGCUGUACAUUUGAUUCAAAAGCAUACCCGGGCACUUUUUGGGGAUGAGGAGACUGGUUUUUUGGAGAGCGAUGAGGUGAUCUUGACCUCGUUUUCUAGCCUCAAAAGACUUGUUUUGGAGGCUAUAGCGUUUGGGUUUUUUAUUUGGGAUGCAGAAGAAUACGUCGAAGCUGUUUAUGUGCUUGGAGAAAACUAAUUUGCUAGUCCAGUAAUGCUAAAAAUGGAGAAGUGCCACAGUAGCCGCGUAAAACUCUCUCUCUAUAUAUAUAUAUCUCUAUGCUUCUUGACUCGAGGCGAAAGUAUUCAGUGAUUUUUCUAUGUAUAGACUAUAGUGAUCAAUGAUACAAAUAAUGUACAGAUAAAAUUAUCCUGCUGUUAUUAUGUGGAAUUAUAGAUUUUCUUUCGUGAGACUUCAGCUUGCA